AUGAUAGCUGUUUUGAAGGACAGCAAACCUAAUGGUUGCUCAGUGGUGCACGCAGAACCCGGAAUUGGGAAAUCAGUGGCAACAGCACUAGCGGUACAAAGACAGACCUCAAAGUUUGCAAUUCAGGUCUUGUUGCAGGGGGAUUUUGCUAAGAAUGUCCGGGACUUUUUCCGUGUGUCGGACCCUGCAGUAGCUACAGAUGUUGCUUGGGCCCUUUUCCCUCUCCUGAAAAGGCAGGGCAUCCGCUUGCAGAUCAUUUUCGACAAUACCUUUGAUGGUGGCGUCGGGAUCGAGCGCAGUACUUUCAUGGACCUCAUUCGAGCUGCAUUUGCGCAUGGCCACCACUUCAUAGUGGUUGUUCAAUCCACGGAAGCAGCCAACCAGGUUGCCGACCUCAAUGGAGCACGGACUCGGCAAGCACCGCAGCAGCACGAGGAAGAGCGUGUCUACCGGUGGGAUCAAGAGCAGGCGAAAAUGUACUUGGAGAGGGGCAAAGAGCAGCAGUUGGAGGGGCAGCUCAUCGAGGAGGUUCUGAACAUGGCCCAAGUUCCCGAUGACUUUGGGCGUUGGAAACCGGUCGACAUCGACGAGUAUUUGCAGACUGGUCGCGUUCCAAGCGCCCCACGCCGAGCAGGGCAAG